UAUAUGCAGUGAGCGAUAAAGCGCGCGUCAGUUAGUACCCGUCGUUCGCCAUGCCGGCCUGUGCGCCAGAGUACCGCUUUGUACGUUCUAAUACUGAUCUUCCCUUUUCGCCAAGACCUAAGCGAUGUCACCACCAACCACCAUACACUCUGCGGCGAUCGUUCUCUUCUUCAUUCUCUCUUAUACCUGAGGAACAAGCUGUGCCGCCGGAACACCCAUCGCCAUUAUGGAAACUCAUACGGAUCCUUACAUGGUUACCACGUCAAUUUCUUCGUCCGCUGUUUGCGAUACUUAACAUUAUCGCACAUCCAGCUUGGAAGCAAAUUCUCUUGGUGCUACCGACUCUGUGGAUUGCCGCAUCGUUGUUCAUAUUUUGGAAGUGCAUCCAGUGCCCACUUGGACUAUUGAAGAUGAUCGGGAGUGCCUUAUCAAGCAGCCCCAACAAACAGAAAACAGUAUUAAUCAGUGGUGGUAGUUCUAUUCAAGCAUUGCAUCUCGCACGGAACUUUCACUCCGCCGGCGCCAAAGUGAUAGCCUUUGAAAUUGAGGGCCAGUUCCCUUUGCUGAAAUAUUCGGCUGCUGUGAGUAAGUUUUAUACUGUACCUCGACCAAAUUCUGGUGAUCCCUUGGCGUACACCCGAGCCUUAAAAGAAAUUGUUCAGAAAGAGUCAAUUGUAUUUUAUGUACCUGUCAGUUCUUCAACGCCUGCUUACUUCGAUGCUUUAGCAAAACCUCAUCUUGAAGUGAUUGGGUGUCAGUGUUUUGUGCCGUGUGCUCGUGACGUUGUCACUUUAGAUGAUCCACUAGAACUGAUCCGCGUAUGUCGCGUAGCAGGUUUACCAACGCCGCAAUUUUGGGUUGUUGCCAGCGAGGAUGAUGUAAGAUCUUGGUAUGAGACUCGUGCCAUAAAGGGCAAAAAAUAUUAUAUUGUAAGUGCAGGUGCAAGAGGGGCAAGAGAUCGUAUGAGAUUUGUAUUGCCGGAAAGUGUAACGCAUUUUAGAUUUCAUCGUGAAAUCAGUGCAGAAAAGCCUUGGGUCAUCAUUAGAGAACCAAAGGGAGAAAAGCUGAUGACCUGUACUACAUUGAAAGAAUCGAGGGCAGUUAAUAAUGUUACUUGCCGAUUAGAGUCUGAUAGAAAGGGCCUAAUACCACAAAAGGAUGAAGAUACUGAUGCAUGGGUACAGAAAUUUGUUUCGUGUCUUACUGCCGCGCGGCCGAUGACUGGUCAUAUAUCCUUCAGGUUGGUGAAGGAUGAAAAUCCUGAAAACGGCAAAAAGAAAAUAGUGGCAAUCGGUGCACGCGUUGGUGUAUCAUUACCUUAUUUGUGCCAAGGAUCUAAAGGAUGUGCUCAUGGUGCAACUGUAGGAAAGCUUUUGAAUACUGUGCUCGAUACCCGCGAAGCUCUUUUUGCAUAUUGGGAUCCCCUUCCAUACUGUGCGUACUUCCAGUCCCGUUCACCGGACGACCGCCGCCCUCCAACGCCGGAACCCUGCAAGACCCCACCACAUGCACCCAACUGAGUCAUGAAGAGGCUGGUGUACUACACUUUGUACCUGAGGAGCGCGUGAAUGUACUAAUUAAAAUAGUACACGCCUUUUAAAAACACGCUCUCUGUUUUUCGUUGGCCUCUUGUCCGGACAAUAUAUCAAUGGUUCCGCGAACUGAGGACGACGCCAUUGUAACUACUACGUAGAUAUGAAUAUUAUUGUAAAAGUCCUUUAAGUACUUGCCAUUUUAAUUUUAAUUUUAGAUGUUAAGACUUCGAAUAUUAUUAUAAAUGUUUAUUUAAUGUACCUACUAAUG